AUGGCUGGGGCCAAGACGGGACGGAGAGGAGCUAACUUGACCGAGAAUGGUGGCAGCGGUUUCGAUGCGGGGUCAAGGUGGACAUUCCGAGGUCAUCGCAACAUCCAUGUGACGGGGAGUUGGGCUGCCAACGAGACUAUUACGCACUCGGCCAUUUUUGCCCCUCUGGAGCAAGUCGCGUCAGACUUGCACGGAACACACCCAAUUGCCUUCUACGCUGCUUCCAUCGCGGCUCUGAUUUUCCCGAUAGUCCUCAUCCUGUUGGAAUACUUCAAGCCGGUUGGCAAGCGACGGUUGAAGAAUGGACAGAAGCCGAAACUGCCCCCAGGGCCGUGGGGCGUGCCGCUGUUUGGGAACCUGCUGAAGCUGAAGGGUGCCCGGAGCGACCCAGAUCAGAAAUGGCUUCGAGGUCUAGUCCGACAUGGCGAGAUGGCCACGGCGCACGUCGGCUCCAAGACGAUCGUGUUCCUCAACAGCAAGCGCGUCGUGUCCGAGAUCAUCGCCAAGCGCGGGGGCGCCACGAACACACAGUCGCCCAUGCCCAUGGCCAGCGGCGUCGUCAGCCACGGCCACCGCCGGUCGCUGCUCAUGACGCAAGAGAAAUGGGCCGAGCCGCUGCCCGUCAUGCACACGCUGCUAAGCGGCACCGCCCUGAAGCAGUACGGCGAGUGGCAUCACUACCGCUACGCCAACUCGGUUGUGCACCGCAUCGCCCUCGGCGAGCGCCUCGCCAAGUCCACCAAGGACCUCGAGGACCUGCAGAACCUCGUCACCAUCUUCGUCACCAUCUUCGUCACCACCACUGGCAGCAGCCCGUGGCGGGCGCACUGGGAGAAGCUGGACCGCUGGAACUACGACGUGUACCCCUCGUGGUGGGCGCCUGUUCUCGAGCAGAUCCGCCGCGGCACGGCGCCGCCGUCGUUCGCGCGCGACACACUACUCCACGGCGACACCAAGUACACGGGCAGCGACGACGACGCCAUGUACGUGGCCAUGCAGCUGAUCGAGGCCGGCAGCGACACGACGCGCGAGGCGCUGCACAUCAUGGCCGACGUCGACGGCGUGUGCAGCGUCGGCGCCGACGCCCGCCUGCCCACGCUCGCCGACAUGGACGCCCUGCGUUAUGUUUGUGCCACGGCCAAGGAGCUGCUGCGCUGGCGGCCCAUCUUCGUCAUCACGCCCGACCACGUCGCGUCGCAGGACAUCGAGUUCGAGGGCUACCACUUCCCUGCCGGCACCGGCUUCGUUAUUAACGCGGUUGUGGUCGGCGACGAGUGCGACAGCCCCGAGACCUUCGACCCGGACCGCUGGAUGGACGGCCACGAGACCGACAUCGCCCACGGCCUGUGGCAGUUUGGCGGCGGGCGCCGCAUCUGCGUCGGCUACCGCCUGGCGCAGAGGAGCAUGUUUAUCAGCAUUGCCCGCCUGGUGCAGUGCUUGACUUCAAGCCUCCGGUACAACUCGCGGAUCCUGAAUCUCGAGGCCACCGAAGAGCCGUUCCUGGUCAAGGUCUAUGUUCGUGGCUAG